UUAGAUGUCGUAAUUUGAUGAAAUCUCCACGUAGUAAAAUGUAUAAUUCAUAACAGAUCAAGAAAAAUGGUAGAAUACGUGUUGUUUGGGAGGGACAGUAACAUUUUCAUUGUGAACGUUGCAACUAUGUCAAUGCAAGGAGGAAAGUGCUGGAAGUAGCAGUAGACAUUUUCAAUAUUUUGCACAGUAAUUUUGGAUUUUGUACACCUUUGUUAAGGCACGACAAAUUGAUCGUUGCUUUAAUCAGUUACUCUAAACGAAGCCAAACAUGACAGAAGACAUGUCAGGAGCAGAUAUCUGCAGAGUUUGCAGAUCUGAAGGUCUUGCAGACAGGCCUCUCUUUCAUCCAUGUAUCUGCACAGGCAGUAUUAAAUGGAUACAUCAGGAAUGUUUAGUGCAAUGGAUGAGAUAUUCCCGUAAAGAAUACUGCGAACUUUGUGGAUACCGAUUUUCUUUUACACCAAUUUAUAGCCCAGAUAUGCCACGUCGUUUACCAUUAAGAGAUGUUAUUGGAGGAUUAUUUUCCAACAUAGUAACAGCAGUAAAAUAUUGGUUACACUACACUUUAGUUGCAAUAGCAUGGCUAGGAGUUGUUCCAUUGACAGCUUGUCGAACAUACAGAGCACUGUUCAGUGGGCCUCUUGAUUUGGUUCGAAUAAUGUCGUUACCAAUGGAUAUGCUAUCUGCUGAAAAUAUAUCAUCAGAUGUAUUUCACGGAUGCUUUGUAGUAACUUGCACUCUGUUUGCAUUUAUUGGUUUAGUAUGGUUAAGAGAACAAAUUUUACAUGCUGGUGGUCCUGAUUGGCUUGAUAGAGAUAAUGUACAAUUGCCUCCAGUCGAUAAUCCACCGCCCAAUUUAGAAGUUCCCAUGCAACAGUUUCAAGAGCAAAGAGCUCUUCAACAACAAGAAAUUCAGGAUAAUAAUAAUAUACCACCCUUCGUUGAUGAACCACAGAUUUUACCAGAGAACUCAAACAAUGACAAUUUAGAAAAUGUGGAAGGACAUAGGGGAGAAGAAAAUAAUUUACCAAAUAAUCAAAGAAUCAAUGAAGCUGAAGGAAUUAUUGGAGAUAUUGAACCACAUGUUGCUGCCAGAAGCGCUGAUCAACAAGUAGAACAGUCUGUUAGGGAUUUAGAACCACAGGUAGUAGUACCUCGAAAUGUAGAACCAGUAAUUCCACCUAGAGAUGUGGAACAGCCUGCAGCACCUAGAGAUGAAAAUGAUGAACAAGCGAAUGCAAGACCUGGCGAGGGAUGGAGGGAUCAAGCCCAAGGUCAGGCUCAAGGAGAAGAUGAAGAAGCAAACUGGAAUCCAUUAGAAUGGGAUAGACCUGCGGAGGAAUUAACUUGGGAGCGUCUUUUAGGCUUAGAUGGAUCCCUCGUUUUCCUUGGACACGUAUUUUGGGUCGUUUCAUUAAAUACGCUGUUUAUCAUGGUUUUUGCUUUCUAUCCAUACUACGUUGGUAGUUUUGCAAUAGCAUUAUUAGAUCUACAAGAGUAUGCCGCUGCUUCGCAUUUUGAAGGAUUAGUAACUACAUUAUGUGGUUAUUGUGUUACUGGAGUGGGACUAGUUGUCCUCCAUACAUUAGCGGCACCUUUAGGUUUCCAACGUUCUCAACGGUUAUUAGGCUUAUGUUACGUUAUAGUAAAGGUUUCUCUACUUUCGGUCGUUGAGAUAGGAGUACUUCCUCUGGUCUGUGGGUGGUGGUUAGACAUUUGUUCAUUAGCAAUGUUCGAUGCUACGCUUCGAGAUAGAGAAUCUUCGUUUAAGCUAGCUCCUGGUACCUCAAUGUUUUUACAUUGGUUGGUGGGAAUGAUUUAUAUAUAUUAUUUUGCUUCGUUCAUUUUGUUAUUACGAGAAGUGUUACGGCCAGGAGUACUUUGGUUCUUGAGAAAUUUAAAUGAUCCUGAUUUUUCUCCUAUCCAAGAAAUGAUACAUCUUCCAAUUUUAAGACACGUUAGAAGACUCGUAGCAUCUGCAGUAAUAUUUGGAACUGCUAUUUUAUUAAUGCUGUGGUUACCUGUGAAACUCUUAAGAUGGGCAUGGCCAGGCUUUUUACCAUACACAGUGACUAUUCAAAGUGAAGCUCAGAUCAGCGAAUUAUCACUAGAACUGCUAUUACUACAAGUUAUUCUUCCUGCAUUAUUGGAGCAAUCUCACACACGUACAUGGCUAAAAGCCCUAAUAAGAGGAUGGUGCCGAGUGGUAGCUUGGAUGUUAGAUCUUCAAUCGUAUCUUUUAAGAGAGCAAACUGAAGAUCCAGGACCAGCAGUAAUCGAAGAACCGCAACAUCCUGAUUUAGGAGCAGCGCAUCAAGCACUUUUACAAAGAGGAGGACCAACAGGUUUCCAACCGUAUAUCAGGCCACGCUGGUUUCCUGCUCGUCUAGUUGGUCUUUUGUUUUGUGUUUGCGUUUCUCUUGUUAUUGCUAGUUUAAUUGCGAUGAUUCUCCCUGUUUGGCUUGGACGCAGAGUAAUGGCGUUGUGGAUGGUCGGAGCUCCUGCUCCGUCUCCACCAGUAUUACCACCUGCCUUAAGUGGGUCUGAUACUAACGAAGCUGCAGUUGCUUUGUCUGGACGAGUACAUGAAUUAUACACUAUAGCUUGUGGAAUGUAUGUGUGCUGGGCAGCGGCAAGAGGAUUAGCUUUAGCAUUUUCUUGGUUGCCUCGUGGUCGAAGAGCUCUUUUAGAUAGAAUCAAACACUGGGCAAUCAUAGGUGUUAAAGCAUCGGUAGCAUUUUUUCUACUUAUUGGCCUAAUACCGCUUCUUUUUGGUCUUCUUCUUGAACUAGUCGUUGUAGUACCAUUACGUGUACCUCUAGAACAAAAUCCUAUUUUGUUUAUCUGGCAAGAUUGGGCCCUGGGUGUAUUAUAUACAAAAAUAGCGACCGCUAUAAUUAUGAUGGGACCGGACUGGAGAAUCCGUCUUGCAAUUGAACGUGCGUACAACGAUGGUAUUAGGGAAAUAGAUUUGAAAUUCAUUGUUACGGAAUUAGCAGCACCGGUAAUAUGUUGCUUCGGUCUUGCUUUAGCUGUUCCCUACGCUGUAGCUUACGGAAUAGUUCCACUUUUAAUCACGAAUUUACAAACGCAAAUUCUUAUUGCUAGACAUUUAUAUCCAUUUUUGUUAUUAGUACACUUGGUAUGUAUUGUUAUCUACUUUCAAAUUCGACAGUUCAAGAAACUUUACGAACAUAUAAAGAAUGAUAAAUAUCUUGUCGGUCAAAGACUUGUAAAUUAUGAACAUCAAAAUAAGUCUCAAUCGUAAAAAAGAAAAA